CCUCCUCCGGUCCACCCCUGCGGUCUGCAUGCGAGGUCCAGAGGGCGACCACCUCACUUUCUGCUGACCAAAAAGACAUCCAGCGAUUUUUCUCAAAGAAGAAUAGAGAAAGAAAAGAGAGGAAGAGAAAAAAAAGGUUGGGUAUAAUAUUCUCCAGAUCGGCGGUGCAUUAGCUUGAGAUCGCAUCUCUGUUGCUGAACGUGGGCUCUGAUUUUCAUCGAGAGGAUUGCUGCGGGAUUCGAGUUUUUGACGAGGUGUCUGGGGAGUCUGGGUGUGUUAAGAGGGGAUUUUGUAAUGGAUCUGCGUUCUUUGUUGCAGUAGGUGAAGGAUUUGCGCUGGAGAAAUGGAGAUGUGGAUGCGGGAAGCCAUGGAGAGGUGGUUUCUGUGCUUCAUCUUGGUUCUCCAUCCUCUUGCUAGAGUUCUCGCUAACAUGGAAGGUGAUGCCUUGCACAGCCUACGCACAAAUCUGAAUGACCCUAACAAUGUGCUGCAGAGUUGGGAUCCAACUCUUGUUAAUCCAUGCACUUGGUUCCAUGUAACAUGUAACAGUGAAAAUAGUGUUAUUAGAGUUGAUCUGGGAAAUGCACAGUUAUCCGGUCAAUUGGUCCCCCAACUUGGGCAGUUGAAAAAUUUACAGUAUCUGGAACUUUACAGUAACACUAUCAGUGGGAUAAUUCCAACUGAACUUGGCGAUCUGGCAAACCUGGUCAGCUUAGACUUGUAUCUUAACAACUUCACUGGCAAUAUACCUGAUUCUUUAGGGAAGCUAACACAGCUCCGUUUCCUUCGACUCAACAACAACAGCUUAUCUGGUCAAAUUCCUGUAUCUUUAACGAAUAUCUCUACACUUCAAGUUCUAGAUUUGUCAAACAACAACUUAUCCGGGGGAGUUCCAUCCAAUGGAUCCUUCUCUCUAUUCACACCUAUCAGUUUUGCAAACAAUCCUCUUUUAUGUGGUCCCGGCACAACGAAGGCCUGUCCCGGUGGCCCCCCUCUCCCCCCGCCACCUCCGCUUAUUUUGCCAACGCCUCCUUCUUCUCCAGGAAAUAGCGCCUCCAGCACUGGAGCAAUAGCCGGUGGAGUUGCUGCUGGUGCUGCUUUGCUGUUUGCUGCGCCUGCCAUUGGUUUUGCAUGGUGGCGCCGGCGUAAACCGCAGGAAUACUUCUUUGAUGUACCUGCUGAGGAGGAUCCAGAAGUCCACCUAGGCCAGCUUAAGAGGUUCUCGCUCAGAGAGUUGCAAGUUGCAACUGACGGUUUUAGCAACAAGAACAUUUUGGGUAGAGGCGGUUUUGGGAAGGUUUACAAAGGACGACUUGCAGAUGGUUCACUGGUGGCAGUAAAGAGGCUUAAGGAGGAGCGCACACCUGGAGGGGAGCUUCAGUUCCAGACUGAAGUAGAGAUGAUUAGCAUGGCCGUCCAUCGAAAUUUACUUCGGCUUCGUGGAUUUUGUAUGACACCCACUGAACGUUUGCUUGUAUAUCCAUACAUGGCUAAUGGGAGUGUAGCUUCUUGUUUGCGAGAACGUCCACCGAAUCAACCGCCACUUGAAUGGACAACCAGGAGAAGGAUUGCAUUGGGAUCUGCUAGGGGUCUUUCUUACUUACACGAUCACUGUGAUCCAAAGAUAAUUCACAGGGAUGUCAAAGCUGCAAAUAUUUUGUUGGAUGAGGAAUAUGAAGCAGUUGUGGGUGACUUUGGUCUUGCCAAACUUAUGGACUACAAGGAUACACAUGUAACAACGGCCGUGCGUGGAACGAUUGGGCAUAUUGCCCCUGAGUAUCUGUCUACUGGGAAAUCCUCAGAGAAGACUGAUGUCUUUGGCUAUGGGAUCAUGCUUCUGGAGCUCAUCACAGGGCAAAGGGCAUUUGACCUUGCCCGGCUUGCUAAUGAUGAUGAUGUUAUGCUGCUUGACUGGGUCAAAGGACUUUUGAGAGAGAAGAAGCUGGAUAUGUUAGUAGAUCCCGAUCUUCAGGAUAACUACAUAGAAGCCGAGGUUGAAUCUCUCAUCCAAGUUGCCCUUCUCUGUACCCAAGGGUCACCUGUGGAACGACCUAAAAUGUCAGAAGUGGUCAGGAUGCUAGAAGGUGAUGGCCUUGCUGAGAGAUGGGAGGAGUGGCAGAAAGUUGAGGUUAUCCGCCACGACUUGGAGAUGGCUCCUCACAGAAACCCGGAUUGGAUUGUCGAUUCCACCGACAAUCUUCAUGCAGUGGAGCUAUCAGGUCCCAGAUGACCUGCAUUCCAAUCGCCUAAAGAGGAUGAUAUUUGUGGAUGGCCUCCACCUUUUAAAACGACCUUUUUCUAGUUCUUAAAACCACCCAUUUCUCCAUCAUGGCUAAGAUCAUAGUUCUGUAUAUUCAUCCAGGGGCAUUAUAUUUGUUUAGCAAUUUGUCAAUGUGAUAGUUUUUUUUUUUUUUUUUUUCUUCUUCUGCCGGGACCUUAUUGCAGGGGAUAAAUAGAAGGCUCUGCAGAAAAUUCCGUUGGUAAAGGACACCUAUUUAUGGGUAUGUGCAAUUUGUCAUCUUUCAUAGCAAUGUCUAAUGAAUUUGUCAAGAAUUGGAAAAUAGAUAAUGGCGAUUUUUCUCUAGAAUUU